GAAAUAACCACAUAAGAUGGAAAUCAUUUGUUGUUUAUGCCAUUGUUGUUGUGCAAAUUAUAAUGAGGAAAGAGAUGGAUUAGCAGGAAUUUGUUUAUGCAUUUAUUGCUGUUAUAAAGGCUAUAAAGAAAACAUAUCUGAUCAUAAAAGAAGAACUUAUAGAUUUUUGAAUAUAGUUCUUGUUUUAAUAUUAUCAAUAGUAGCUGUAGUGUUGUCAUCUAUAAUACUAGCAACAAAUUCAUCAUCUACAACUUAAAUGAAAAACAUUUUGAACAAUUGGUAAUAAGGAGUCCUGCUUGAAAUCAUAAUAUCAACAGCAUGCCCAAUGAAUUAUGAAAUUCUUAGUAUUUAUGAAAUACCUGGAACAUAAUAAGGAUGUAUAUGUAUAGAAGAUAAAGAACUUUUUUCUUCAAGUUGCACUGAUUGGUAGUUAUUAACAGGAUGUUAUAAUUUCAAUCCUAAAAGUUCAAUUUAAAUCAAACAAUGGGUUUAGCCUUCAAAUAAUUCUUAUUAGGCAGUUCAAAUAUGUGGAAGAAGAUCAAAACUAAAUUUUUAUGAUUUAUUAGAAAAUAAAACAAUAACAGAAGAAGAUUGUAAUAAAAAUGGUUACAAAGUUUGUUAAACUUAAAACCCAGAAAAUUUUUAUUGCGUUUUACAAGAUGAACCAUGUCCUAUACGAGAAUUCAAAAUUUCUCAAUAUCAACUAUCAAAUUAUGAAUUAGAAUUAAAUAAUUAUACUCUAAUAUAUGAUAAUGGAUUUUAUGCAUACACAAGUCAAUCAACCGAAAUUACUCCAUUAGUAAACAUGAUUAUCACAAAAGGAAAAGGAGUCUGCUUUGAUUCAUCAGAAAUAAGUUUAAAUCCGAAACUAGAUUAAGAUUAUAUCUUAUUAUCUCCAAUCCCUUAUAAUUGUGAAAUAGAUAAUACUUACCUUUAAAUAUCAAAAACAACCGAAAGCGCAUUAUUCAGCAUGAACAAUAUUGCGAAUUUAAUUAUUUAAGAAAGACCAUUAUAUUAAAUAAGCAAUAAUAUUGAAUAUUAAUUACUUGCAUAAAAUCAAAUCUAUUAUAAAAAGGAUUGUAGACUGGAUAAGUAUUUAAUUUAAAUAUAUUUAGCUUUGAAUAAAUUACUAGUUUAGGUGAAAGAUUUGAUUCCUAAAAUAUAUUAAUUACAUGUUAAUUAGUAUUUGCUUGUAUUGAAUUGUGUGUUUUCUUAUUUUUUACUGUAACAGAAGUUUAGCCUUGCCUUUAAAAGGAAUGUAAAUCGUGUUACUAAAAAAUAUUUAUUAUUCUAAAAGAAGUAUCAAUUUAUUUAGUUGCUAUCACAGUUAUUGUUAGUUAUUCCUAUAUGAUUGAUUUAAUCCUAAAUUUAGAAGAAUAAAAUUCAAGAAAUUGUUUUUUGAGCACCGCUUAAGAGAGAAUGAACUCAGUUUAUGAUACCUUAAAUGGUACUUCUUUAUCACUUUCUUAUUGUCUUCUCAUUAAUAUGGGAAUAAUUAUUAUUCUUGAUUUUAUUAUGUCAACCUUUUUAUGUUAUAAGAUAUACAACAAAAGAAGGUUUUAUAAAACUUCUAAAUUUGAUAAUUAAUAAAACAAAAACAAAGUUAACAACAUCCAAACAAAAGAUUAAGUGUAUAAUUAAAACGAAACUCCUUUUUAAAACUAAGAAUAGUAUUCUAAUUAAUACUGCUCUUAAAAUCCUAAUUAAAAUUUUAGUUAAAACCCUUUUAUGCAAUAAUAAAAUUAUUCCAAUUAUCCUAACUAAAUUUAAUAUAAUCCUACUCCUUAAACAUAUAAUUACUAAAUUUAGCCGAAUUAUCCUCCUUAAUAUGUUGGAAAUUAAAUUUAAGAAAACGAAAUGAUCAAUCAAAAAUAAAAAGAAAAUGAAAAUAAUUGUAUAAUUUUUUAAGAAAAUUGA